AUGGCGUACUGUUAUGACGUCGAGGAAGUACCUCCCGAUGAUGUUCCCAGUGUGGAGCACGAUUUGCGAAGAGCUAAAAUGUUUCUUCAGAAACAUAGCCCUGAAUCUGGCGAUAGUCUAUACGAUCACUUAGCAGAGCUCCUAAACAAAAUCCUCGCAGAGCAACCAAGAAACGCAGUCGACGUUUUCGAAGAGAUCAGCAAGAAGGUGAAGCGAGAAAGGUUCAAAACAGAGGAUAAUCAUCUUCGAGACCUAUACGUACCACCGGUGCAGUACAAAGAAGCUAAGAACCUCAUCAAACUGUUCAAGGAUGUGCAAACCAUGUACACGGGUGAGCAAGUUAAGGUGGAUGAAGAGGAGGAAGAAGAAGAAGACAAGAAGAAGAAGAAGCCGGAUAUGUUGGAUCUCUUGUAUUAUUUUGAACAGGCUAACGUUGGAUUGCCAAGGAGCGAGAUGGUUUUGCUUAACUUGGCACUUAGGAAACUUAUGUCUCAGAAUCCUAUUGAAAAUGUUAGAUUCUGGGGCAAAAUCCUGGGCAGCCCAAAAAAUUAUUACGUAGCGGAAGCAGACCUCCAGCCGGAAGAAUUAAACAGACGAUUAGAGAAAAUAGCAGAAGAGGAGGAACGGAAGCGCCAGGAAGAGCAAGCGAAAGCGGAAGAAGCGCGCAGAGCCACCGAAGAAAUUGCUGAACCUGUGGGAAGAGAAGCUGAAGAAGACGCGGAAGAAGCUGAAGCUGAAGCGAAAGAAGAGGAGGGCUUGAAGCUUGUCUUUCCACCUCUGCCUACUCAUUCAUGGAAACCGCCACCGGAAGUACCUCCAGAGAGAAUAGGAAGUGGCGUGAAUACCAAGGUGUAUUUUGUAUGCAACGAACCAGGUCUGGACAAGUGGGUCGAACUUCCAUCGGUUACUCCGCAGCAGAUAGUAAUUGCACGACAGAUUGUUCGCUAUUGCACCGGAAAUUUGGAGACACCGCUAUACACUUUCCCACCGUUUCCUGGAAAGGAAAAGAAUUAUCUUCGCGCGCAGAUAGCUAGAAUCAGCGCGGCUACGCUGGUUUCACCGAUUGGCUUCUAUACGUUUGGCGGGGAGGACGAGGAAGAGGAAUUUGGAGAGGAAGCUCCCGAAGGAGGAGGACUGUCUGAAAACGUGCACUACGACCCUCGGCCAAUAAAGGAGUUGAUCGACCCCUCGAUGUCUAACUGGUGCCACCACUCACCCUACAUCUUAAAACAAGGUCGUACCGUCUGGUGGGACCCCAGCAGAUCAGACGAACAAGAAGUCAUGGACGAGGAGGAUCUCGACGAAGAAGAGGAAGAAGCGGCCGGCGUUCAAAGAGAGGUUGGCCCGCCCCUUUUAACCCCGUUGUCAGAAGACGCGGUGGUAGAUUCGAUAACACCUUGGACAGGAACGCAGUCCUCUCAAAUAUUGCCAGAGCUCGCUGUCGCAUUAAUUCGAUCGAACAUUUGGCCGGGGGCGUUCGCGUUCGCCUGUGGAAGGCGAUUCGCUAACUUGUACGUUGGAUGGGGGUGCAAGUAUACGGCUUACAAUUAUAGUCCACCGUGGAUGCCGGAGGUGCAGGAGCAGUAUCCCAUAGGUCCUGAGAUUAUGGAGAUUCGGGAUCCCACGUUUGAGGAGGAGGAGGCAUAUCGAAUCUCCAAAUUACCGCCACCUCCGUUAGAAAUGGAUGAAGAAGAAGAGGCUGUGGAUGUGGAGGAGGAAGAGGAAGAGGAGGAUGACGAAGACGAAUGAUCGAAGCAAUCGCAUUACUGAAAUGGCGAUGAUCUAAAACUGUCGGCACUUUGUGUUUGGAAAGGCACUGGCUUCUGUGGAUUGUGGAUAAAUUUAGGAAUAUUUGGGAAUUCGAUUUUGUAGUUUGAGUCAGGAAUUCUGUGACUCAGAGAUUUAGGAAUUUAGAGAAAGAGAGUUAGAGUUGAAAACUUGGAAAUAUUGAAAUUUGAAAUCUCAGGACUUUAAGAUCCCUGUAUUGAGAAGAUGUAGUACAGUGUGCGAAUUGUUCUCCACACAUAAUUUUUAGACUCGUGGAAUAUAUUGUAAGCAAUAU